AAAUACACAUUAUUCGUGAGGAAGAAGUCAGAAGAACGGCUUGGAAGCAGGUUCUCAAAAAGAUACCGUGAGCCCUUACGUGUAAUUUUCAUUAGUAUCCACAGCCAAUUAUUUACCAAGUAUUCAUAUUUUUUUUUGUUGUUGAAAUAAUAUAAUGUCAUUGCAUGUAAAGAUUUAACAUUGUAUCACGCUUAUUAAAGCAGCAGUGAAAUAACUGAAGAUUACGCUGAAUUCAAAUGUCGUCGUGGGUGAAGAAGGCUGGGGGCAUAUUACCACCGCCAAACAGUGGAGGAGGUGGGCCAAACCCUCUCAGGUCUUUUAGAAGACAACCAUAUCCUAUGAGGGACGAGAGAAAAGAGGAUCACCAGAAAUCUGAGAGUUUUGAAAGCUUGAAAGAAGUGACUGACUACUCUGGCACAAAAGACAAUGAGCAUUCAACACAUCAGUCAACUGCUGUUUCUCUACAAGAGUAUGAUCCAUCAUCUCAACGCACUGCCGUAUUCAAGAAGUUGUACCAGCAGCUACAUGGAGAUGGUGCGAGACGGCCUGCAGACUGUGUCAUCCUGUCCGUCAGCAUCCAGAGUUUGGAUUACCCCAAAUCUAUAGGCCAGUGUUUGCAGGAACGUGGCCUCUCGGUGGAAAUGCUUUUCCUGCAGGCUGAAUCAGGCCUGACCCGGGCCCUCCAAGAUGUCCGCUCAGACGGUUCCCCCUUAUGUAUUCUCGUCGAGCAGACUAAUGUAACUCUCUCCUCGUGCACUGUAAUCAUAUUUUCAGAGUCCCUCAAAAUUCAUCGAAACAUGCCCAAAGAACAGGCCAUGGAUUUUGUGAUGGUGGAGUUCAGGCACGUGAGCGGCUCACGGCAGGAGCCGGACCCCACGGAGGCAGCGGUGCGGGCGGCUGAGCUGACAGAGGACUACCUGGAGCGCAGCAAGCUGGAGCACCACGCUGUUCCCUCUGCCACACGCCACCUGCUCUUUCUCCUGGCCGAAGGUUUGCACCUUUACCCAGAGGAGCUCAGCACGCUGGCAGAGUACCUUCAAAACCGCCAGGACCAUCUGCAAGCAACUUCCACUGAAGUGGACAGUGAGGUGACUCCUGUGAUAAACCGUCUGCCUCCAGGUUUAGGAAAGCCCCCACCACUUCUACCUGCUGGCUCUGGACCACCACCACCAAGAGAGCGGACAAACCCAUCCACAGGCUCAGGAGAUGCAUCUCCAGGCCUUUACACAGGAUUGCAAGGCUCAUAUCCCAAGACAAAACCACCACCUCUGCUUUCCAUACAAACUCUUAAGCCACCUUCUCACAGAUCAACUGCCCCCCAUGGUCCUUCACCCACACGUGCCCCCUCAGUCUCUCAUGAUCCUUCACCCACACGUGCCCCCUCAGUCUCUCAUGGUCCUUCUUUUGGUUCCCUGCCAUCUAGAGGGCCACUGGCCCCUCAUGCUCUUGACAAACCUCAACCUCUUCUAGGCAUAACACCUCCUCGUGGUCCAUCCCCGACUCGUAGCCUUCUCCUUGACCAUAAACCUCAUGUUUUCCACUCUCCUCGAGGGCUGUUGCCGCAUCGGGGGUCUCAUUCAUUGCGAGGACCACCUCUGAUCCAUGGACCCCCACCGCAGAAUGGCCCCCGGGGUCCAAGGGUACCACCACCUUCACUUAGGAGCCUUCAUAUGGGAGCCCCAACAGGUUCAGGUCCACGCCCCCCACGACGUCUGCUCCCUUGAUUCACUCAGUACAUCUGAUUAAAACGUCCUCUACAGCCAUGUGGGACAGUUGAUACAUUUUAGACUAAAAUGAUCUUCUGUUUUGUUUUUUGUUUUAGGAAUUUGCCCUUUCUUUUUGGUCACCCUAUCAGGAUCUCAUUUGAUGUUUGCAAAUUGUGUUGUCUUAAACAACAGUUAUAUUAUCUUUAUUUUAUGGUCAUUGCUCCCUAUCAAACAUUUCAAUGGUAUUCUGUACAUUGAACUUACAAAUUUGUUUGUAGCAGUAGUGGUUUUAAAAUCCAUGGUUGAAUGUAUUUCAAUGAAUUAAAGGUAUCAGAUUUUGUCAUCAUGUACUCGUCCUAACCCAUAUGACUUUCUUUCCACAACAAAACACAAAAGAUGUUAGGCAGAUGCACUUUCACUUUCAUUACAUCUUUUUCCCCCAUACAAUGAAAGUGAAUGGUGCACAGUGUUCUUUCCUGUGUUGAAACAAGUGGUUUGGGUGGGACAUAUUGAAAGACUUGUCCCUUUGUUUUAAAGGCCCAAUAGCCUUCACCCAAAAAUGUAUAUUCUCUCAUCAUGUAUUCACCCUCAUGCCAUCCCAGAUAUGUAUGACUUUCUCUAUUCUGCUGAACACAAAUGAAGAUUUUUAGAAUACUUCAGCUCUGUAGGUCUGUACAAUUCAAGUUAAUGGUGACCAGAACUUUGAAGCUCCAAAAAGGAGAUAAAGACAGCAUAAAAGUAAUCCAUACGACUCCAGUGGUUAACCAAUGUUUUCUGAAGUCAUCAGUUGGGUUUGGGUGAGAACAGACCAAAAUAUAACUCCUUUUUUACUGUACAUUUAUUAUUUUACAACCAUGUAUUCUUUGGAACGUUGUUAUACUGGAACAAAUUUAGUGCGCUAAACAGGCCAUUGAAUGACUGAUGCAGACACCCCUAAUGGAUUUUGGCUCCAUGCAUGUUGCCCUUGAUGACAACAAGCUUUUUACUUUCUCGUGCUAAAAAAAGAAAUCCCAGAACAUCAUGCUGCCACUGCACUUGACUGUAGUGAUGGGGUUACAAGGGUGUAGAGCACCAAACACUGCAGUUUGAGACUCACUAGAGGCCACAAGAUCUUUACCUUUUUUAUAUAUUGGUUAGACUUUAUGCACUUAUUUUUUCCAGAGAAAAACGUCAGUAUUAUUCGAUUCUAAUCAGCUGGUGGGUGUUAUGAUCCCUAAAACAUUUUAGUGAGAGUUUGAGCAUACAAGCGAGCAAAAAGUUGCACUUCCGUUUUAGCAUUGGGUCGACCAUAUUAACGCCUGUCUUUAAGUAAUUCAUGAGAAAAAGAUACAUAAAAUAUCAAAAUAAAUGUCUCAAAACUGAAAAGGCAAAUUAUACCUGUCCCAUUGUUAUGAAGCUCCACCAGCUACCUAUUGAACUCUUGUGGUCAGUAAAUGUGUCCAAACAGCAACAUUUAAGAACUUUUAGAGGUGUGAGAUCAGGGUAGAAGAUAAAUAAAAAAAAAUUGACAGACACAAACAUGCUGCUUUUAGAUGACAUUUAGCAGAACAUCCUUUGACCCUAUUAGACUAAUUGUGCAUAACUAAUUCUUGUUUGAAGUUUGCCUUUGUAUAUAGACCUUGUUCAAAGUAUAGCGCUAUAUUUCAUGUUUGACAGGAGUGAAAACGAGGCAGCAAGGUUUCGUAGUCUUUUAAAUGGCAUUUAAUUUAUAAAUUAAAUAUAUCUAUAUAUGACGAUUUUAAGCAUACUUUUUAUUUAUUGUACGUUUCUUUAAAUGCUUGGGCAACAUUGUAAAAUGUUAACAAUCAUGCCAAUAAAGCUUUUUUGA